GCAUUCAGUACUCUGUGGAGCAUUCAAAUGUCAAACAAAAUAGCAGGAUACAUACAAAUAAAAAUUUAAAUACUGCAAGAAAUGGCUGAUGCUGCCGUUGAAACGGCACCAGGAGAUGAAAAUGAUGAUAGUUGGUUAUACGGUGAAUCAAAUCCUGAUCAGGUAUCGGAUAAACCUCAAGAGGGUAACGAAAAAGACCAGCAAAAAGAUGUAGCUGACGCCGCAACUGAGGGUGAGGACAAAGACCAGGAGGAGAACGAGGCGGCUAAUGAUGACUCUCACUUCAACGACGAGCAUUUCGCGGAGGUGGCGCGCGAUGGCGAGGAGCGGAACGGAGACGCCGACAGCCAGAACAACGGAGACUCGGACUCGGAUGAUAGCGAUGACAUCAAAGUCACCAUCGGGGAGAUCAAGUCGGGACCACAGGCUUAUGCUAGCCUCAAUAUCAAACGUGGUGUCGGUCUUGUAGCAACUGGUGCUGGGGACAAGCCUCGUGGUGGUACCACCACGGGUGGUAAAGUAACAUUGGAAGAUUUAGACGGGCCGGGCAGCAUCAAUGGUGUGCCUGCUCUAGAGUUUAACAUUGACACCAUUGAAGACAAGCCAUGGAACAAACCUGGAGCUGAUAUAUCUGAUUAUUUCAACUAUGGUUUCAACGAGGUAACGUGGAGCGCGUACUGCGAGCGGCAACGACGCAUGCGCGUCAACGAGGCGGGCGUCGGCCUGCACGUGGGGGCGCCGCCCCGCCCGCCGCCGCCUGACCUCAGGAGACCGCCGGGCCCUAGCAGAAAUGAUGAAGGCAUGCCACCUGCCAUGGCAAACAAUUACCAAUCUAGAGAAAAUACUAUACAGGUGAUGACAGCAGAGCGUCGCGAGUACGGGCGCAGCGGGCACCAGCGCGACAUGGGGGCGCCGGACUACUUCGGGCCUCCGCCCAGCGACCACUACUACCCGCCGCCUCCUCACGCGCCCUACGAGGAACCUUGGGGUCAUCCUGAACAGAGUGGCUGGGCUCCAAGUGAAAUAAAAGAGUUGACGCCGGGCCCGAUGGGUCCGCCGGUGGGGCCGCCCAUGGGCAUGGGGCAGCCGCUCGGCCCGCCGCACAUGUCGGCGCCGCCGCACAUGAUGCCCGCGCCGCCCUACGUGUCGCCCUACCGCCCGCACCCGCCGCCGCACAUGCACGACCGAGACCGAGACCGCGACCGCGACCGCGACCGCGACCGCAUGCGGGAGCGAGACGACCGCGACCGCCGAGACCGCGACCGCAGGGAUGAGGAGGAGAGAGAUAGAGACAGGGAACGAGAUCGCUCUCGUUCGAUCAAGCCUGAUAGGAUAAGGGAAAAAUCAUACAGACGCGAGAGGUCGCGUUCGCGGUCACGCCGUCACAAGUCGCGGUCGCGCUCGCCGCGGCAGCGCGAACGUUCGCGCGACCGGGAGCGCUCGCGUGAGCGAGAGCGGGACCGCUCCAGGGACCGCGAGCGGUCGCGCGACCGAGAACGUAGUGUCAAACCCAAGACAAAGGAUAAGGAAAAAGAUGACGACAAAUAGAUUUGAACAAGCGCUUACGGCCAUCAAGCACGGAGCUGUAACGAACAUAAAUAAAUGAUAAGCACACUUA